AUGGCCUUCGCCGAAGAAUUAAAAGACCUCACAGCGGGAAGUCCACUGAGGCCCAAUAGCAAACUUUCGCGGCUAAAUCCAUUCAUCGACAAAGAAGGAGUGCUCCGAGUCGGAGGACGACUACAACACUCAUCAUUGCCAUUUUCCGCCAGAUACCCCAUAAUUUUGCCUAAAAAUAAUCACGUAACCGCACUGAUAAUCGACAAUGAGCAUCGCACUCAUUAUCAUGCUGGAGCUCAAGCAACACUCUAUGCGGUUCGACGGCGCUACUGGCCAUUGGAUGGUCGCAGCCAGGUAUGGAAAGUCAUAAAACCAUGUAUCACUUGCACCAGAAUGAAUCCUCCGUUCAUAAAUUGCAUCAUGGGGAAUCUACCCAAACAUCGUGUAACCGAAGCCCGACAUUUUGCACAUGUCGGCGUGGACUAUUGCGGUCCAUUCUAUCUCAAGGAAAAAAGCACCGGAACCGUAACCGAAUAA